CGGCGGGGACGGGACUUCCGGUCUCGUGUAUCCAAGGUCCCCCAAAGUGAAGGCCGGUUGGGAGGACGGAGAUGUGAGGAGCUGAGGCGGCUGGUCGGGCAGCCGGGAGGCUGGGGUCGUAGCGCGCGGGGGCUGGGCCCCUCCUUGCCGCAGUUGUCCUGUGUCCUACCCCGGCGUCUCCGGGAGGCCUGGGAGCCCUGAGAACCCAGGCGUGUGUCUGUCCUGAGGUUCCGAGAGGGCCAUGGCGGUGCGGCCGCGGGCGCCACACGGCUUCCUCUGCGGGCGGCUGAGUCCUUUCCCCCGGGUCUUCGCUGCUGGAGCUGUGGCCGCCGAGUCGGGGGCCCUCGCGGGGGACCAGGAGCUGCCCGACUACGCGGAAUCCGGAUGGGACCGCCUCCGGGACCUGUUUGUCAAAGAUGAACAACAGAGAACUUCAAAGGAACUUGAGAAUAUUUAUAAGGCAGCAGUUUCAGCAGGCAUCAUCGGCUGGGCAUAUGGCGGCAUACCAGCUUUUAUUCAUGCUAAACAGCGCUAUGUUGAACAGAGCCAAGCAGAAGUUUAUCAUAACCGAUUUGAUGCUGUGCAAUCUGCACAUCGUGCUGCCACACGAGGCUUCAUCCGGUACGGCUGGCGCUGGAGUUGGAGAACUACAGUGUUUGUGACUAUAUUCAACACAGUCAACACUGGUCUAAAUGUGUACCGAAAUAAAAAUGCUCUAAGCCAUUUUGUCAUUGCAGGAGCUGUCACAGGAGGUCUUUUUAGAAUAAACUUAGGCCUGCAUGGUCUGGUGGCUGGUGGCAUAAUUGGAGCCUUGCUAGGCGCUCCUGUAGGAAGUCUUUUGAUGGCAUUUCAGAAGUUCUAUGGGGAGACUGUCCAAGAGAGAACACAGAAGGAUCGCAAAGCACUCCAUGAGCUAAAACUGGAAGAAAGUAAAGCCAGACUACAAUUUACUCAGCUCCUACCUGAAGAAAUUGAAAGUAGCUUACAGAAAAAUCAAUCCAAAGAUGAUGUUAAGAAAAUCGAAGCACUGCUAAAUCUUCCUAGAAACCCUUCAUCAACACAUAAACAAGACAAAGACUAAAAAUAUUCUGAACUUAAAAUUCAUUGGUGAAUCAAAGGGAUCUAUGUCAUUGUAUGCCAAUAGUAGGCUUCUCCUUGGUCAGCCUGGUGACAAAUGUAAGUGCAGGCACCUCUAGUGGCAAUGGCCCCUUACCUUUUUUUUAACCAAGAAUUGGGCUAUUGUAUGGUCACUUUACUCAUCCUUAAGUUUAAAUACACACUUAUGUCUUUUCUGAUUGAUCUAUAUAUUUGAAAUUAUAUCUGUACUGAUCAAUCAAUACAAUACAAUACAUAAUUCUUUUCCCUGGAUUUUACUACAGAAAAUUUAAAAUUUCCCAAGAUUGGAGUUGACUUCU